UUUAGCAUUUACAUCUAUAAAUUCCCAUCCCUUUGAAUCUUUUUUUCUUUCUCUUCAAUUCAACCCAAUCCCCUCUUUCUUGUUGGUUCAUAAUUGUCCGUCCGUACGUCGAAUCUGUGCUUUGUUUCAGUUGCACUUGAAAAAAACAAACAAUUUUUUCUCCGUCAGCCGUUUCAUUUUCAUAGAGAUUCAUCAAAUUCUGAAGCGUUCUUGAGACCCAUUUUGAAGAUCUGGUGUUCUGUUCUUAGUUUCUUAGUAUAUGGACUAUGAACUUUUAGACAGCAGUGGUUAUUCCGCAAAGGGUUGUAUUGUGUAGAUUUGUGGUAAGCUCCGCUGGAUUACUCUCUGAAAAUUAAGGACAAAGAAACUAGGGCUCGGCUCCAAAUAUCCAGUUUAUUUCUUAAUCAGUAGCUAACUCGUCAAAAACCAGAGGACAAUAGAAGCUGGUUGUUGGGGGAGGGGGUUGAUUAAAAAGAUUGUUGACUAAAUCUGAUGGUUUCUUUAUUAGUGUCUGCGUGGGCCAAUCAAAAUAUGCACUAUUAGCAUCUCGGAUAUUUAUCUCGGUGAGGUACUGAUGAUGAUCUGCCUCAAUCACAAUAUAAUAGAGCCCCUGCAGGAAGUAUUAUCGCUGGAAACGGAAGGUCUAGCAUAAGUUCAGCCCUAUACCAAAGGAUGUAUGUUGAUAUGGAACCCCAAAUUCACAACCUUGAGCAGGAAGCAUACGGUGCAAUCCUUCGAGCUUUCAAAGCACAGUCUGAUGCUCUUACAUGGGAAAAGGAAAGCUUGAUAACAGAACUCAGGAAAGAGCUAAGAGUAUCAGAUGAUGAGCACAGGGACCUACUAACCAAGGUCAAUGCAGAUAACCUCAUUCAUAGGAUCAGGGAAUGGAGAAAGAAUAUGGGAAACCAACCUGUUCAUGAACAACUCCCUAGUCCAACGGUUUCUGGAUCAAGAAAGAGGCCUAAAAUGUCACAGUCUGUGAUAAUGCCAUUUGGUGCCCCAUCCGAGUCAUUGCACCAUCAGACAAUUGGUGCAAGCACACAACCUACAACUCCAGGUGCAAAAUGGGGAGUAGCACCAGGAAAUGGAGGAUUGAGGUCUAGACCUGGUCAACCAGUUUUCUCCUCAAAGCCCGCUCAUUAUCAACAGGCUGGUCCUGGUUCUUCAGGUGCUCUUCGUUCAGGUGAACUUGCUGAAAGACCACGUGACUCCUUCCUUGGGAGAAGAGUGAUGACUAGGUGGCCAGAUGACAACAACUUCUACGAGGCCAUUAUAACUAAAUACAACGCUGUAGAUGGUCGGCAUGCUUUGGUGUAUGAUAUUGAUACACCAAAUGAGACCUGGGAAUGGGUUGAUCUCAAAGAGAUUCCCUCCAAUGAUAUUCGAUGGGUAGGUGAUGAUCCUGGAAUAUCUCAAGUUGGUGGAGGUGGUGGGCCAGGCUAUGGAGUUAAUACUCUAAGUGCUGGAAGAGGGAGGAGAUUUGCUAGGCAACAAUUUGAGAAUGAUGUUCCCGCGUCACAAAACGGAAUUGUACAGAGGACUCCAGAUGAAAUUGAGAUACUACACACAGAAACACUGUUAAAGAAGGUUGAGAAGGUUAUUGAUGCAAGUCACCCUGAUCUGCUUGAGAUUGAAAAGGCUAAGAAAAUGCUUAAGGAACAUGAACAAGCUCUAGUUGAUGUGAUUGCCAAGCUUGCGGAUGUUUGUGACAGUGGAAGUGGUGGGGAGCAGCCCUCCUUUCCUAGAAAUUAUCCACAUGGAAGCAAUCAUGAUGGCGCCGAUAUGGAUCCUGAGACGAGGGGAAGACCUCUAACUAACGAAACAGCAAGAGGUCAAGGCGCACAGGAAAAUCAGCAAGAUGAGGAUGUCAUCGUUAUUUAGUUCAAUUUCCUUCUCAUAACAGCAACAUUUGUACUUUGUCUAUGUAGGAUUCUGGAGCUACUAAACUUUGUAUUUCAGCUCGAUUUUAUGGUAGAAAUGGAUUCAAGUGCCAUAGUUAGUUGCAUUUGUUAAUCUUGUAAGACGAUGUAGAGUUCUCUUUGUAUGUUCUAUUUCAGUAACUUUUAGUUGUGCUGCUACGAUGGACUCCUUCAUCCACCUCCCAUCCACUGAAUAAAGCUGCUUCUGUUUUCUUUUC